AUGCAAGACCCCAGGAUUGUUUCAAUCGACAUGCCUUGCAUGUGCGGCUUAAUCGACGGCAAGGAAAAGAGGUGUCCAAGCCUCCUUCAGAUCUACGUCAGCCCCCUUUCCUUCCCGUCACACCCCUCGGAUGGCCUGGACUCCGACCCAAUGGCAGGUAUAGGGUUCCUGCGCGCACACCACGCCCGCGAGCUCUUGGAGCUCUUUGAUUCGACCAUGGUCGCCGCCAUUCAACCUUGGAGGACAUCCCAUCCCGUCCUAUGCUAG